AUGCUUGACUCAUGGGGUCAAUCUAGUCAACCUUUCUUAUCUUCUCAUGACCUUAUCUACAUAUGUCUUAAAUAUAAACAUCCGAAACCCGUAAAGCGAUUGAUCAAGUGUCUAUCUUGGAAAAAAGCUGAUCUCAAUACUGCUGCAGAAUUUGUUAAUGAAAACAGACAGGACUUACUUUCUGAAAAUAAUCAAGAUAAUCAAUCAUUUAUAGAUCAUUAUGUGAUGAAAAUGAAUAGUUUAAUACAGCAAAUGGUGGAACGAUGUGUGCCAGCUCGUGAAUUCUUAACUAAACACAAACCAGCUCCUUGGAUCACGCCAGAUCUGCGGGCAGUACAGAAGGAUAGAGAUAAAUGCUACAGAUAG